AUGUUUUUCAUCUACCUCCUUCCAGUCAUUUUAAUCGUCUACUAUCUCUACACCCGACUCACCUCCCCACUCUCCAAACUCCCCGGCCCCUUCUACACAAACCUAACCCCCCUCUACCUAAUCUACCAAGAAUUCUCCGGCAACAGACGAACCUACAUUGACUCCCUCCACACCCAAUAUGGCCCUGUCAUCCGCAUUUCCCCCUCCGAAUGCAGUUUCUCGAGCUACGAGGCUAUGAAACAGAUCUACACUUCUGGCGGGUCUGGCUUUGACAGAACAGAGUUUUAUGAGUUGUUUAAACAGUUUGGAACCAAGACGCUGUUUUCCAUGCCACCGAGGGGGGAACAUAGUCAGAGAAAAAGAAUACUGGCGGAUCGGUAUGCGAAUAGUAAUAUAUUGAGGACCGAGACGGUGGAAGCGUUGAAAGCAAGAGCGAAAAGGUUCCUAGAGAAUUGUUUAGGCGAGGAUGGAGGUGAUGCUGAUGUUUAUGUGCAUUUGCAUUGCUUUGCUCUUGAUGGAGCAAGUCAGCAUUUGUUUGCGCCUUAUGGUACUAAUUCGCUAUCUGAUCCUGAGGAUUUCAAGAUCAUGCAGGAGAUGUCUUAUGCGGAUAGUCUGCGAGCGCCCUACCUGGAAUAUUAUGCACCCAGACUAGCAGAGUUCUUCGACAAUCUCAACUCGAAACGCUCGCGAUCAGUACCUCUGGCCAACGAUUUCGUGCUCGAAGCAGUACAGAAACCCGAUCCGGCGUCCUACUCCCUGCUUUCCAAGCUGCAAUCGAAAGCAGAGGAUCUGGAAGAGUUAUCUGCUGCAGCAGAGUGUAUGGAUCACUUGGCUGCGGGUAUCGACACCACAGGCGAUGGUCUCUGCUUCCUAAUGCACGAACUCAGCUUACCUCAAAACGCACACAUCCAACAGAAACUACGAGACGAAAUCAUCAAUAAUCCAGACAAGAGUUUUGACCAACUACCUUAUCUGGAUGCCGUGGUCAAAGAAGGCCUCAGAGUCUUCCCACCCAUUCCCAUGAGUUUUCCUCGCUACACACCAGACUCUGGAACCACACUCGAUGGCUACUACAUCCCCGGUCACACCAUCGUAUCCUGUCAACCCUUCACCCUCCACAAAGACCCCUCCGUUUUUCCUUCUCCAGAAACCUUCGACCCACAGCGAUGGCUUGAAGAAAAGGGAGAAUUGGAGCGUAAUCGCAUGUUCUUUGCUUUCUCGCAAGGUGCGAGAGGGUGUAUUGGAAAACAUCUGGCUCUUGCUGAGAUGAAGAUUUUGUUGAGAGAGGUUUAUGGAGGGUAUAAGACGCUGUUGGGGAAGGAAGAUGCAGAUAUGAGAUUUGAUGAUCAGGUUAUUUCUUCUAGACCCAAGGGCCAGAAGUGUCGGUUGCAGUUUCAGAAGGUCGGGUAG